AUGAAACCUGCUCCUCAGGGUGUGACCAUACGUUGUCGUAUUACACGAGACAAACGAGGUGUCGAUCAUGGAAUUUUCCCAUCAUAUUAUCUUCAUCUUGAAAAAGAAGACUGUAAGUUCUUCUUACUUGCAGCCAGGCGUCGCAAGCGAUCAACAACGAGUAACUAUGUGAUUUCUUGUGAUGCCACCAAUUUAUCUCGUGAUGCAAUUAGUUUUGCCGGGAAACUGCGCUCUAACUUUCUGGGUACUCAUUUUACUGUGUACGGCUGUGAAUCGAAAUUACGAGAUAGUGAAUCCUUAAAUUCAGGGGACAAGGUAAAUGAUUCUGGUUCGAUAACGACAACUACUAAGACACACAAUAUGCUAGAGCUUGCUGCAAUCAUAUACGAUACAAACGUACUGGGUUUCAAAGGACCAAGGAGAAUGACUAUUAUUUUGCCGCGCUUAAGUGCUACUUGUCAGCACUUUUCAUGUCCUGGAAAUGAUACUACCUGGCUAAUCGACUCAUGGAGGAGAAAAGAUAUUCAGAACGUUCUACAACUACAAAACAAGAAUCCUGUUUGGAACGAAGAGACCCAAUCAUACGUGCUCAAUUUUCAUGGUCGCGUCACGCAAGCUUCGGUGAAGAACUUCCAAAUCGUACACAGAAGUGACGAGAAGCAAAGAGAACUUCUGCGCAACAAACAAAGGCAAAAAUAUGCACACCAAGUGUUGUCACUUCAAAAACGUACAGAAAGUGCUGGUAUCAGUAGUUGUAAAGCUAAUAGCUGGAGAGAAAACAAAUUAUCAAGUCAAUCGGCUUUAGGUUUCCCAAUAAAAGAUAGAACCGAUGAAAAUUAUUAUGCAUAUGACGGUCCGCAAUCAUGUGAUACAUCAAACCCUGAUGAUUUUCCUACAAGCGAAGUUCAAGUUAUUCAUGUACUCACAAAACCUACUCCUUUGGGACAACCAAAGUUUGAUCAAACAGUAAGGCGCAAACCAAACUCUGAAGCAAUACAAGAUAAUGUAGUGGAUAGUGAAGAUUACAAAAGUACUGAUAGUCUGAAUAAUCUAACCAUCACACGGUCGAGUACUAUGUUGUCUUCUCUUGACCAAGAUACCUAUCUGGCUUCUACUGGUAAGUUAUUCAAAUUACGCAUAACUUAA